AUGUCUGAGGAAACUAGCGCCUGGCGUCAGGCCGCGACCGUCGGCCGCAUAGCAGGAUCACGCACUCCUCCUGGUGAUCUAUUCCGGUCCGCUGACAUCCCUGGUAGCACAGUCAUCAUACCGUCCGGGAUCUCACUGACUUUUGGAUCGCCGAUCCCUGUGCCUUUUCCUCCGCACUCUAACAAGAUCUUGAACCCGUCCGGCCACGCAGGAUGCCCGCCUCCAUGUCACUCGUUGGUGUCGCCCGUGCCGAUCAGACUCUUGCCCAACCAAGCCAACGAUGCUUACCCAUUUGAAUCCAACCCGAACAGCGCUUCAGCUCUGCAUGCUGAAUCCGAUGAACCAAAUUCUAACUCUCAGUAUGCUGUGUCACUCAAUCCAGAGUCUAUUGACCCAAGAUCGGCGAUCGAUCUACUGCCUUCUUACAAUCAUAGGGAUCAUGUCUACAUCAAUCUACCGUGUAUUUCAUCAAGUUCCGGUGAUUCUGCAAUAAAAGAUCUCAAUGCAGACAACUCCGAGGAGGUCACCUCGACCUCGGGAGACGCGUUGGACUUCGACGAAUCUUUCUACAGGCGAAAACAAAGACGCUAUCGGACGACGUUCAGCAGUGAACAGUUGGCAGCCCUCGAGCGCUCGUUCGUCGCCAACCAAUACCCUGAUGUGUACUGCAGAGAACACAUCGCAGCACAGACACAUCUCACCGAAGCGCGUGUCCAGGUGUGGUUUCAGAACCGCAGAGCAAAAUGGCGGAAGCACGAAAAAAUGUUACAGAAACACCAAAAUUCUUCCAGUUCUUAUUAUAUUCAAAAUCCACCUCUUUGUCCUCCCACUUCAAUUCCACAUUCCUCUUCGUCUUUUUCACUUCCUUAUUCUUUUCAGCCAGCUUUAAAUCGCCAAAAUUUAUCAUUUUGUCAACCUUUCGUAGGAUUUGUAGACAAAACAGAAGGUUCGGAUUCUGAAGACUUUUUCUUAGCUGGAUAUCAAAAAUGUCUGGCAACAUCGGAUGGAAAAAAAGAUCUGCAUUUCCUGGGCAUUAAAAAAAGUCAGGCGGCAGUAAAGAACCAGACAUUUACAUCAAAACCAGGUCCAGAUGCUACAAUAAAUACAGCCAUGAAUUUGCACGACGAUUCGUUUAGAAGAGGCACGAAUCGACAUGACUCCAGCAACUUGGAGGGAGAGGAGAAUAUAAAUAAAACCGUGGCCAUCAAGGAACUACCAUCAGAAGCAUGCGCCUCGAGGACAAAAGAAGCCUUCAGUUCAGCUCUUUGCGUUGCCGACGAGUUAGGUAUUGGGGUCUGCAACGAUGAGUCAGCAGAAAACUCACGCACGGUUGAGCCCUUGGAUUCACCAAUUACGAGCGUUGGACAAAACAUGGACCAAAACUCCGACGAAACGAAAAGCCCAUAUUUUGUUGUAGACCCAGUUGAAAAAAACAUAGGUAGCGACUUCGGGUCCGAUUUAUUGGUAAGAGAAACAGAUAAGUCGAAAGGCGUUACAGUGAGAACGUCUAAGAACGCUGGAAAAUCAUGUAGAAGCAAUAGCGAGUCCCCAAGAGUACUAACUACUCCUUCCCCACCAACAUCCCCCUGUGCAGAUAGCCCCACGGUAUCUUCCCCAGGCUCCCCACAGCUUUCGUACUUUCUACCUCUGUUUCCCUUGUCUACUUCCCCACUGCAGGCCGAACGACAAUCCUCGGCUACUUCGGGAGUAGAUGAUUUGGAGGAAGAAAGAUCCAGUGAAGAUCAAUGCGGAAUUAAUUACAAUAAUGCAAAAGGGAACAACAAUACAGAGGAAAAUAACUUUCAAAACUCAUCUCACAUUCCAACUUCAGGGAUUUUGGAAUCACCACAGCAUAGAAAAACCGAUUCAUGCAUGAGUGUCCUAUCAUUUACUUACACACCGGAUGAAAGUUACACGGAGAAAAAUAAAAUUGAAGUCAUUGAAAGUCAAAUUUCUGAAGAAACCUUGUCACCGCUAGGUCAAAGCGACCCUGACCAAAUUUUGCAUCCAAUAGAAAAUAUGAAUACAUGUUCAAACUUGCGCUGUAUCCCCAUUCCAUCAACAUCUUUUGGAAAUUUUCCUUCCUCUGCUCCAAAUGUUGAAAGUUUUUUGAUGCGUCCAACAGACUCAACGCAUUACGAAAGCAAUGAUGAAUCAGAAACCUCAUACUUCGAAAGUGAAUUGCUUACACCAUCUGUAAACUUCAACGAUAAUACUUCUCUUUACAUGCUUGAUAAAAAUCUUCACUCUUCGGAGCAUAGAAGUAAACUCGAAGAGUAUUCCGAGACUGAUGAGCCGGUCACCACAAAGUCUAAUGACAACCCUGACAUGAAUUGGUUCCACUCCGACUUGUCUUGUGAUAUAUUAAAUACCAAAACAAAGAGCUGCACCAGGUCUGAUGAUGAUAAAAAUGGCAGUGAGAGUUACUUGGAUUUGUCUUCUCCGACGGAUCUUGCGGAACUGCGAAUGACCGCACGACAGCAACUCAACAGAAGUUUUGAAGAAGAAUAGUAAUAUAUUUUUAAAAUUUACGUAAAUGUUUUGUUAGUUUAAUAUAUUCUAGUUGCCUUGUUGACUGAAUGAAUUAGCUUCGUUGUAACGCCUUGUUUUAUUUGGUUUUUCUUUUUGAAUAAAUGAAUGUGUUGCGUAGAUGCAUGACUGCCUAAGGUGUGACCGCAAGGCAAUGCGGUCCCAAUUCCAUUCCAGAUCAAAAACGAUUAAACUCAUUCGUUAAUUCGUAGGAAAAGCUGAAAAUGAAAAUUUUACGACAAGGAAUGAUGAAGGAUUAUAUCUUUAAUCGGUGAUUAGCUUUUGCAACAGUACAGUCUACGGAGUUGGUUGAGAGAUCUAAGUCACUCGACGACAUUAUUGGACCAAAAGCAACUUGUAUUGUUUGAUCGCAAUUAUUCGUUUGGCUCCAAAUUGCUUUGUUUUAAGAGGCUGUAGUAGAAGGUUUAUAUGAAAAACAAGCAUGUAACGAGUGUAGUGCAUUAUUUUUCGUCGAAGAAGUUAAUUUAAAAUUUCCCUUGCGAAUUGCAACAGGCCAGGUGCAGACACUUCUUUUCAGUGCAGACACUUCUAUUGUAUUGUAAUAGUAGUGCAGACACUUCUAUAUAUUCACUUGUCAGUGCAGACACUUCUAUUGUAAACCUUUUUAAGUUACAUUCGGAACAUUGAACAUAAAACUAAUUUUACAUUUUAACGCUAAUAACGCCACUGUGGAUACAUGAACUGCCCAUAUCGAGAAGAAAUUGAUUAUGCUGAAGUUUUCCGAAGCCAGUUCUCAAAUUUCAUUUCUCCGAUGACUUUGAAAUCAUUGUUGAGGGGGGGCGACAACCCCACUCACCCCAGCCCCCUCAAGAUCUCAUUGUUAGAUGUUACUUGGCUUCUCAACGCGACUUGGGAUCGAUAACGUGAUUGCUCUUCAAAAGAAACGAUAACUUCCGAGACGAGAUCUACGAGGCAUGCAUCGUACAU